AUGUCAGCAAGGUUAAGAACCCCCAAACUAUGCUCUAGUGUUUUCAAGCCUGUUCCUCCCCGCAUUCGACCCCGGCCAUGGCCAUCCACCACACCCCCCAGCAGGGGAAUCGCGUCAAAGACCAUACUCGCUGACUGCAACCCCGAGCCAUUCUACGCGUCCUCCAGCCAACGAUGGCUGUGGAACGAGCCAUCCCAGCUGGCACGCCGGUACGUCCGUUUCAACCUGGACGCCCUGGUCCAGAUCGCAGAGGAAGCAGCAGGGCAGAAUGCCGUCUGCGUCAACGUCACAAAGCUGCAAGAGGGCAAUUUCAAUAAGGUCUUUCUUGCGUCGAUGCAGGAUGGACGCGAAGUCGUGCUUAAGAUCCCGAAUCCGAAUGCGGGGAUGGCGCAUUAUACCACGGCUUCUGAGGUCGCGACUAUGCAAUAUGUCCGGGAGAAGCUUAAUAUUCCUGUUCCCAAGGUCCUUGGGUAUUGCUCGAGAGCCUCUGGAAGCAGUCUCGGGGCGGAGUACAUUGUCAUGGAAAGGGCGCCAGGAGUCGAACUUGCCCGCGUAUGGGAUCAGUUUAAGGGCCGAGAGAAAGUGGCUAUUGUGAAGCAGGUUGCUGCCAUUACCUGCAAACUGGCUCGUGCCCGGUUCCAGGCAAACGGCGCACUGUACAAGCGGGAGGAUGUGGCUGCUGCGGAAAGUAUCGCCAUUGACGAGCAUUUUGCUAUUGGGCCUACGGUUGGACGGUCUUGGUUUGAUGAUCGGAGAGGGGAGGUAGAUGUUCAUCGGGGUCCUUGGGAUUCAGCAGAAAGUCUCAUGAAAGCUCUCGCCCACCGAGAAGUAGCUUGCCUGCAUAAGUUCGACAAGUUUCCCCAGGAUACACAGCAAGGCAUUUUCAACGGCCCCCGCGGGUACCAUCCAACCAAGGAAGCAAAACUGUCCGUCCUAGACGACUUUCUCAAAGUCCUCCCUUAUAUCAUCCCCAGAGUCUGGAAGCACACAGAAAUUGAGACCGAGACCAAGAUAUCAAGCGGCAUCCUCUGGCACAACGAUCUUCACGCUGAGAACAUCUUCGUCGACGAAACCAACCCAUCCAAAAUCACAAGCAUAAUCGACUGGCAAGCCGUGCCUAUAUCUCCCCUCUUCCUGACAGCCCACCACCCAUCCCUAAUAGAGUACGACGGGCCCCAGUUAGAAGGAUUCACGAAACCCGUUCUCCCCUCUAACCUGGACACACUCAACCCCGAGGCCAAGAAAGCCGCUAAACAGCUCUUCCUCGCGCAAUCCCUCUGGCUCACGUACGAAAUCGAAGUCCAGCGCAACGCGCCGCAGCUUCUCCGUGUAUUCCGAUAUAGAGAAACACUACCCGGACAAAUACUCGGGCUCAUCGGGUCUAUCUUCGACGAUGGUGAGCCGUACGUGCAGAGCGUAUUGGCCGAAAUUGCGCAAGGGAGGACCUGGAAGCAGACCAUCGCGGAUAAUGCAGAGGAAGCCGGGCAACAGCCGAGUGUUGCUGAUUGUCCCUUGCAGUAUUCAGAGCGGGAGCUAGCAGAUCAGCAAAAGCAGCUCCAGAAAUGGAGCAGGGAUAUCGAGCGCAAAGCGCAGGUCCUUGACGAGAUCGGUGCUUACACGGGAUGGAAUGGGGCUGUGCCACUCAGUGACUAUGAGGAGGUUGGUGGGCGGCUUGAGGCUGCGAAGGUGAGGUUUUUGGAAAGAGAGGCGAGGGAUGAGAACGAGAAAAAGGCGUGGGAGGCUGUUUGGCCGUUUCAGGAUACCCCGGGGUGUAGCUAG